CUGUAGCCUCAGGCUGUGAUAGUUACUGCUUGCUACUAAUUAAUCAUUUAAAAUCCAGGGCAGGUGUCUGUACCUAUUUCAUUCCUACAGUGGAAAUACCUGUUCAUGUCACUGUGUAAAAUACCUUACAGGAGGAAAUGUGUCUAAUUUUCCUGGCCACAUGACUCAGAGGAGUGGAUCGUAAUUUCGUAAGCUAUGCUAUUGAGAAAACUGCAUGGAAUGGACAUCAUACAUGUGCAUUUCCUGCUCUGACUAGAUUAUUUCACAUUGUAAAUCAUAGGUCCCCUUUUCUUAACUCAAAUUAAUCAAAUUUAAGUUUCUCUCCAGAUGCUGUUAAAGCCACGAUAGAUAACCACCAGUGAUCUACCAUCAGCACCUCCACUGUGGAUCCAAGAGGAUGUAAACUGGGUUUAAUCCUAAAGUUUAAAACUACACAGCCAGUCAUCCAUCAGUCACAGUGGAGAGACAGUAUAUGCUUCAUUCAUCUUUAUCUUUAUACUGUUUGGUCACUCAUUGAAUCUUUACUGAUUACCCUGAUAAAGUAACAACAUGAGGAAGUUAAUUCUAACUGCAGGUCUCUGUUUGAUCAUCGCCAGCUUGGGCUCUUCCUCCAGGCUGGUGUGCUACUAUAACAGCUUGUCCGAAAACAGAGCAGAGGGUGGGAAGUUUAUGGUUUCAGAUAUUGAUUCAACCAAGUGUACCCAUCUUAUCUUUGCCUUUUCUGAUAUUAACCACAAACAACAGCUGGUCCCCACCUGCGCAACUGACAUACAGCGCUAUCAGUCCUUCAGUGGACUCAAAACCAGCAAUCCUAAGCUCAAAACCCUUUUGGCAGUUGGUGGUUUCAACUUUGCCAUAAAAAAAUUCAGUACAAUGGUGGCAACACAACAAAACAGAAAAAAGUUCAUUCAGUCUGCUAUCACACUACUGAGAGCAUACGGCUUUGAUGGGCUAAACCUGGACUGGAGGUACCCCGGAGGAGCAGGAAGCCAACCGCAGGACAAGCAGAGAUUCACAGCACUGUGCACGGAACUCAGAGAUGCCUUUGAGGCUGAGGGAAAAUCAACUGGCCGUGCCAGAUUAAUCAUCACUGCAAGUGUCUCUGCUGAGAAAGCAACCAUUGAUGCCGGUUAUGAAGUCAAACAGAUUGCCAUAUACCUGGAUUUCAUAAAUGUGUUGACAUUUGACUUUCAUGGCCCCUGGGAAAAUGUCACAAGACAUCACAGCCCGUUAUUCCAGAGAAGUACCGACAGUGGAAAUGAAAUCUUUGCAAACACUGACUAUGCCAUGAAGUACUGGCGGGACCAGGGAGCACCUACACAAAAGCUCAACUUGGGACUAGCUGCAUAUGGGCGAGCUUUUACCCUCUCCUCGGCAUCCAGUGAUGUUGGAGCACCAGCCAGUGGUCCUGGUGAAGAAGGCUGCUAUACUGGUGAAGCAGGCUUCUGGGCCUUUUAUGAGACUUGCCUUUAUCUUGAAGGGGUUACAAUCCAGUGGAUUGCUAAUCAGAGUGUUCCAUAUGCCACCACUGAAAAUCAGUGGGUUGGAAGUGACAACAGUGACAGCAUUGGUGCUAAGGUCAGCUACAUAAAAACAAACAACUUUGGAGGAGCUGUUGUCUGGUCUCUGGACCUGGAUGACUUUAGUGGACAAUUCUGUAAACAAGGCAAAUACCCCUUCAUCUGUCAGGUGAAUACUCUUCUGGCUCCAGGUAACCAAAAUGAGAAAAGUUUCUGGUCUAUUCUGUAGUGGGAUGGUGGUUGUUGGUGUGCAUUUUAUUUAAUACCAUCAACAGUCAUGUAAUCACUUUUUAUUUACUUAAUCACUUUUUGUUAUGCAGAAUGCAAAUGUGUGCUCUUUCUGUUAAGAAGUAUAAGCAGUCAUGGUCAGUGAUGUUAACGUAUGAUGUGAUGAUCAAACAGAGUCAAAGAGAAAUUA